GCGGAGCAUCUGGGCCGCCUUUUGUCUGUGGGCCCGACGCCCGGCAGGUCCCAGAACGGAGGAAAAGCCCCGGACGCCGCUUGGAGCCAUGCAAGAGCCGGAGGCGAACUGCAGCGAGAGCCGGCGGCUGCAGCGCCUCCUGGGUCGCCUGUGGCAGGAGCUGCGCGGGGGCGGCGGGGAUCCCGACCCCGGCGCUUCUUCCAGCCCCGCCGCGAGGCCGCCGGGCGAGAACGACGCCUACCUGUACAUCCUGCUGAUCAUGAUCUUCUACGGUUGUCUGGCCGGCGGGCUGAUCCUGGCUUACACGCGCUCGCGCAAGCUGGAGUCCAAGCACGACCCCUACCACCUCUACAUCGAGCGCGACUGGGCGGCGGGCGGGGGCGGCCCGGCGGGAAAAGGGGUCCCCGCCAGCCCGGCCGAGCGCAGCAGCAGCGGAGAAAGCGAACCUCUGUGAGAGGGGGAGGCAGCGGCCCUGAGCCCUUCCCAAC